AUGGAGUCACACACAGGCUGGUGGCACAAAGGGGCUGCAGGAGCUGAGGAAAACUUCUUGGAGAAGCUAACAUUUGGGUUAGAGCUAUUGAGGAACCUGCUGAAGUGGUACGCCAAGGAAUUCAAAGACCCUCUGCUGCAGGACCCCCCAGUGUGGUUUAAAUCCUUCCUGUUUUGCGAGCUUGUGUUUCAGCUGCCUUUCUUUCCCAUUGCAACAUAUGCCUUCUUCAAAGGGAGCUGCAAGUGGAUUCGUACCGCCGCCAUCGUCUACUCAGCCCACACCAUGACAACCCUGAUUCCAAUUCUCUGCACGUUUCUAUUGGAGGAUUUCUCUAAAGCCAGUGGUUUCAAAGGACAAGGGCCUAAGACUUUACGUGAACGCUUAACCCUUGUAUCUGUCUAUGCCCCUUACUUCCUCAUCCCUCUUAUGCUUCUGCUUUUCAUGUUGCGGAGCCCCUACUACAAAUAUGAGGAGAAAAGAAAGAAAAAAUGAGAUAACUACACAAGGAAAAGUGCUCAGAACCCAUGUCUUCAGUAGCAUUUGAAACACACCAGCAGCAGGAGCCAUAAACUGUUACCUUCCAUGGGCACUGGCACAGACCCAUCACCUGAGGACAGGCCACCUUCACCAUGUACCCACGUUCCAUUGCAGAAUUACCAAAAACAGGACCAGACCAGAAAUGGAUAAACUUCUAAGAAACAUACCCUGCUUGGCAUUUUCAUGAGUUAUUUGAUCCACAAUAUGCAUGUGACUAAACCCCUUGACUCAAGAUUCUCUACAGCAAAUCCCUAUUCAGCAAAAUGAGUAGUAUGAUGUUUCAGGCCAUUUUUAAGUUUCAAAUUAUGCCUCUUCAAUAUUCAUUAAAAACUAUGUUGUUUUCUUGCCUUACCCCUGGUGGGGAGAGGAGAGAACACCGUCUGCCAGAGGCUUAAGGCUCAGCCCUGGCUGACUUUCAGGCAGAUGUGGGUUAAACCAGAAGGUGCUUUGUUUCUGUUUUAAACGGCUUGUCCCAGAAGGAGAGAUUUUUUAAAAAGUCUCCUUGUUUAUCUUCUUUCCAAACUUUAGUCCUGUCUUUUUACAGACCACCGGACAGGAGUCACUCUACUCUGAGGUCUGGUGUCUCAAACCUGACCUGGAAGUGUGCUGCCUUCUGGAUAACUACAUUCUUCCUAAUAGUUUAAUCAUUCCUCCCCGUGCUUGUCUCAGUCAAAUGGGGGCACAGCUGGGCAUAACAUGUCCACUGUAUGCAUCUAGGGUCUCUUCAUGUUGGUACCUUGUUACAUUAGCUUUCUCUAAGUUCAUACUCAAAGCUAACUUAAAAAAAAAAAAGAUUUAUGAACACAUGGACAACAGAAGAAAUUGGUUCCAGUCGAUUCCCUCUUGCCUGUUCUGCUCACAAGCCAUAUUACUCUAAUUAUUGGGAGUAUCCUCUGACUCGUGUCCAGUCCAAAUAAAGGUAGCUGCUGGCCAUUGCCUGGUUUGUUUUGUGGACAAGAGGCUGGAGAGUGCAAGGUUCUCUUACAAGUGAUUAAGUGUACACUUUAAGGGCACCAGGAAAAGAGGUAGAUAAGCCAUUUGAAAACAAUAAUUUAUUGCUUUUUUUCUCCAAAGCUUUGUGAAUUUACA